AUGUUCCGACCACAGUUGAGGCAGUUGUCUCUGCGCUGUGAACGUGUGAAGUUCGGUCUUUCCACGCCAGCACGCCAGUUCUCCUAUACCCCUUCAGUGGCCGAAGAGCAGCCCCAGCCUUCUGCAAACCGUAACCCCAACCCCAACCCACGUCCUUCGCCGGGUCCCAACCGCCGACCUCACAACCCCAAUGGCCCUCGCUCUACCCCGAAUAAUUCCCGCCCCCCACGAGUGAUUGACGCUAGAUCCUUUGCUGCGUCAAAGGCCGGCGGUGGAGAGCAAGCCAAAAUCAUCCGCAGCCCCAGAUCCCGCAAUGUUCGCCCCGGCGGUCCACCCCCCAAGCGUACCGGCAAGCCAUCGGCCAAGGGAGGCAAGCCCAAGGGCAAGGGCAAGCGCAAUGUUCAACGUGGAUCCAAGUCAGCUGAGGACACCGCGGGUGAGAAUGCCCAGGCGGCGCUCAUCGAACAAAUCCAGCAAGACCAAAUCCUACAAGCCCGACCCACUGCCGUCCGCUACGAGCCCACAGAAAUCGACCUUUCUUCGCUGAGAAACACCUGGCCUCAAAUACCCACCGACGCGAAUGCGCACUCGGCCUCCGUUUACCAGGAGCUUUCCCGCCGCAGCGGCCGCAUUGCCGGAGGUCAUCUCGCGAUCAGUGAUCUCGGACGCCGCCUUCAACGGCAACAAAACGUCGUUUUCCACAGCGAGAGCGAGAAGGCCGAAGCCCUGGAAGAGGCUAACCGCUUGAGCCGACACAUCGCCAACCAGGCGUCCCAGCGUCGUGGGGAACUGUGCGAGGCCCAAGAAGUUCAAUUCCGUCAAACCGGCGCCGAAUCUCCCAGAAUCCAGGCGAUCAUGAAGUCGCGUGUUACGGGGCAAUACCCAGCUACACAAUCGAAGAGCGAUAUCGAUCCGGCGCUGAACCAGCUGCAAGAAAAGCUCCGCAACAACCGAACAUACACCGGUCAGAGUGGAAAGUUCCUGGACGAGAUGAAGCGUCUCAUGCAAUAG